GCUCGGUGCUCACUGACGCCCUUCAGGGAGGGGACGUUACGGGGAGCCGAACGCGGCUCAGCGUCCGCAGGAGUGUCCCUGGGCCCGGGCGCGCGGGGUCGGGGAGGUUCCUGAACGAGAAUAGGGGAGAGCUCGGUCUGCCCUACACGGAUUCCGGACUCGGGCAGUUCGGCGAGCCACAUCCAGCACCCUUAGUGAGCAGGGAGGUGGUGCAGAGCGUUUGCCCUGACUGGACAGAGAAAGCUCGGAGUGCCUCCUUGCCUGUCGCAGGCCGUGGAGUCCCGAGCGAGGCCUGGCAGUGUGCAGCGACCUGUAGCAGUCGCACCGGGAAUAGGCUUGCCAGUCCGGCGGCCUGCGGCCUGGUCCUGGGUCUGGACAGUUGUGGGCAGUGACACCUGUUCAAAACAGCCUCCCUGCACUUGGAGACCUGGGUCUCGCCCAGGAAUCUAGUCUGGGCCAGGAGACCUGUCCCUCGGGAGUGUGGAUAUUUCUUUCCAUGACCUCGUCGGAAGCUCUGUGGAAGCUGUUGGAAGCUUUGCUGUGUCCUGGAUACCCCUGCCAUCUCACUUUCUCUGAGAUAGGAAAGAAGUCUGAGGAAAAGCAUGAAAACAAAGGAAAGCAAAACCAAUGUUCUUUGGAUACUGCGAAACUUCAAAAACUUGAAGGGCAUUCAGCCUCCCUCUCAGAACUCAGUCAAUCUCUCUCAGUCCAUCCCCCACCUCCAGGGACGGAGUCGCUCCAGAAGCUGAGCAGCCAUGACAUUUGCUGAGGAAAAGACCUAUAAGUAUAUCUGCAACAACCACAGCAAGUUUUGCUGUGUUGAUGUUUGGGAGAUCCUGCCUUACCUGCCCUGCCUCACAGCCAGUGACCAGGAUCGACUUCGGGCUUCCUACAAGCAACUAGGGAACCAGGACACACUCUGGGAACUCUUCAAUAAGCUCCAGCGUCGGCUUGGCUGGGUAGAGUAUUUUAUCCGGGCACUGAGAAUCUGUGAGCUGCCUGGACUGGCUGACCAAGUGACUCGAGUUUAUCAGAGCUACCUGCCUCCUGGGACCUCACUCCGCACCCUAGCCCCACUGGAGUCGCCAGCAAUUCCUGCCACAGUUUCAGCACCUUCUGCAUUUGCAUCAGGCCACAGCGUCCCUGACAAUGGCUACCAAGAGAAACCAGGUUACCCCAGCCCUGUCCAGGAUACCCAGCCACCAAAGUCCCCAGUAGAGAAUUCAGAGCAAACCCCACAGGCCAACUCUGGGUUCAUUCCGAGGACGUCGGGUGGCUCUGUGAUGUCCUCACCUAAUCUGCAAGCUCUCAGCUCUUCGCCCUCCAGAGAGCAAGAGCCAGAACUGGCUGGCACCUGUGCAGCAAAUACUGUCUCCAGUCCUGUACCAAUGCAUGGACCUGUGUCUCCAACUGUUUCCUUCCAGCCUCUUCCACGUACUACCCUGCGGACAGUCCACUUACCCGGGGUCACAGUAUCAGUUCCGUCUCCUGAUACCUCCUUGUCUUCCUCUUCCACUGGAUCGGCUUUUGCAAUGGGAGACGGAGAGGCCAAGGGUGCCACCUGUCUCGGCACUAAAGAGGCAGUACCCACCAAUUCUGUGACCGCCAGCUCAGUGCCUUCUUCCACCAAAUCGGUACCAGUGAAUACCACGCCUUCCAAAGUGUCCUCCAAGUUCCCUAUCAGUCCAAAGCCCACUGCUUCAACACCGUCUACCAAUGUAGCGCCAUCAAAAUUACCCAUUAACUCCGUGUAUGCUGGCACAGUGGCAUCCAAAGUGCCUGCCACUAUGGCCAAACCACCUGCCAACAUAAUGCCAUCUGAGAGGAGCAGUAACCUAGCCAAGGAGACCCUGGAGGCUGCAGCAACCACAGUCACCGCUGGACGCAGCCUGCCCGAACCAGAGAUGAGCAAGCCAGGUGUGCUGGUGUCCCAACUGGACAGCGAGCCAUUCUCAGCCAGCUCCGUGGACCUUGCCAUCAGCCCUAGCAGCUCCUUGGCCUCAGAACCCAACCGUGGUCCAGAGGAGAAUGAGUAUUCCUCCUUUAGAGUCCAGGUGGAUGAGCCCCCCAGUGUUGACCUGACAGGAAGCCCUGGGCCACGAGCCACCCAGCUGCCCCCAGAAGAGGAAGUGCUUUGUGCGGAUUCCAUUCCCUGGGCUAAGUGGCUCGGGGCCACCAGCACACUCUUGGCUGCCUUCUUGGCAGUGAUGCUGUACCGUAGGCGCCUGGCCCCGUGAAGCCUCAGCUGUGUGCCACUCACUUGUUCAGUUCUGCCUAGCACAUCCUCUAGGCUUGGGCUGGUGGAGGCUGAGUCGGGGGAACUUAGGGAUGGUGAGGUCCACUGAACUAUCCAUGUGGAAGCCGCAUCAAGGUGCCCUCGCUUUGGGGUAGGGGAGAGACAUUGUUUCUAUCCUAGUUCAUGCCCUCUUCUGGUCCUCAGCUUUCGGGGGCACUAGAUUACUGCCAUCGCUUCUGACCUGCACAUAGCAGUGUAGGAUGUUGUGCUAUGUGCUCCUCAGGAGGAAUCCCCACCAGCCUCAUCCCUGUUGGCCCAAGCCUGAAGAUGGGGAAGGAUCACACUCUGCUCAGUGCCCCUCACCCCACCCAGGUCUCCUGCAGCAGAGGCACAGGUGCAUUGGUGAGAGCUCCUAUAGUGCCUUCAGCCUGGCUUUAGAGCCUAGGAGCAGUAGAGUGGCUGGUCUCUCUAGGGAGAUUUGUUUUGUUUUGUUUUUUGAGACAGGGUUUCUCUGUGUAGCCUUGGCUGUCCUGGACGCACUUUGUAGACCAGGCUGGCCUCGAACUCAAAGUGAUCUACCUGCCUCUGCCUCUCUGAGCACCGGGAUUAAAGGCAGGCGCCACCAUGCUUCUAGGGAGCUUUGAGUACUCUGCCCCUCUGGUCCCCCUCCACAGCCUGGCAACCUAAGGCAGGGGUUGGAGGUUCCCUGUGGACUGCAAGAAAGCUAGAAGCAGCUACCAGGCCUGAGGAAAACCCUGGGAGUCCUGCUCCAGCCUCCUUACCCCACCUCACGUUCUCCCUCCUGGUCUCCAUUAUCUUUGGCUUCCUACACUGGAUGAUGGGUGUCUGGUGGGCAGAGCUCAGGCUGGCCUUGAAUUUCAGUUCCACACUUUCUCUGGCCUUAGCAGCUGUUUAGCUUCUCUAGCCUUGUCGCCACUGUGGGAACAAGCUCUUCUUUUUACUGGGCUCCUCUGAGAGUGAAAGAGGUAGAUAUUUGCCUAGUGCUUGGCCUGGAGGGUGUGAGUACCGAGUUCUUGCCCUCCUGCCCAGCCUGGUUGAGCUAAGGUGAGUGUGAGAGGCAGAGUCUGUGAGAGGACACCCUGGGCCUCUGUGGUGCUUCUGUCUGUCUCUGUCUCUGGCAGGUGUAAACUUCUGUGCCUCACUUUUCUCACCUGUGAGAUGGGGUGAAUAUGCAUACCUAUAUGCUAAUAUAUCCUAGUUUUAUCGAGAUAAUUAAAAAAAGAGUUUUAUGUGUGUAAAUCCUGUGAGUUCUGCAUUUCUUAAGGGUUGAGUACAUGUUAUCACCACCAACACUCACCCCACCCCAGACAGGGCUUCUCUAUGUAGCCCUGGCUGUCAAAGAACUCCAUCUAUAGACAGACUGGCCUCACACUCAGCCACCUGCCUCUUCCUGCCAAGGGCUGGGAGUAAAAGCAUGUGCCACCACCAUCACACAUUAUCACUUUUAAAUGGAAAGGUACUGCGGGUUUUGGCUCAGUUGGAGCUAGGUGCUUGUGUAUUCUUCCUCCAUGGGCAGGGAGACUGGUUACCUCCACUGCAGAAACAGAAUGAUUUUUAGGCUGAGUGUGAUAGCUCGCGCCUUUAGUCCCAGCACUCGGGAGGCAGAGGCAGGAGUAUCUCUAGAGUUCAAGACAAGUCUGGUCUGCCUAGCAAGUUCCAGGCCAGGCAGAGCUACAUAGUGAGGCCCUGUCUCCAGAAAAAAAAAAAUAAUACAGUGAGGGGCUGGAGAGUGUGCUCAGUGGUUGAGAGCACUCACUGCUUUUCUGAAGGUCCUGAGUUCAAUUCCCAGCAAACCAUAUGGCAGCUCACAACUGUCUGAUGUCUUCAAGUGUGCAGAUGUACAUGCAGACAAAGUACUCAUAUAAAUAAAAUAGAUAAAUAAAUAUAAAAAGUACUUCAUUAUUAAAAAAAAAUACAGUGAAGCAUACUGAGGGUAUCCUUGUGGGUUCUUUCGAGGUGCCCUUUGCUGGACAAGGGAUAGGCAUAGAGCCAACUCCAUCUCUGAACUCUAUUGUAAACACAAACCUUCAAGGCAUCAGGGAUGGGGGUUGUGGUCACAAUCUUCCCUACAUGCCCUAGGGGAAAAUGACCUAAUAACCUUGUGAACAUCCAGGCACACUUCAACUUGUGCCAUGAAUCUAGAUGUAACCUGUCCCCAAGUUGUCUACACUGCUUUUGCCACUGUUGUUUCUAACUAACCCCUGGAUUCCCUACCCUCUCCCAGGUGCCAUGCUGGUCAUGCUAGUGAACAAUUGUGCAUGGGUGCUAGUUUUAAUGUGUUGCCGUUCUAGGGUAGCCUUGAAAGAUUAAUCUUAAUAAUACAGAACGGAGCCCUAUGGAGUGUCAGCCAGAUAGUGAGAUUUCAAGCACAGUAACAGUCACAUCUCUCAGGCCUUCCCUGCACUUCGCGAAUUUUGAUGAGCAGGCCUGCAUUUAACGGCAUCUUCAUCUCAACGGGUACGAACUUGGAAGCCUCUUGGAUGCCACCUUCAGGAAGAGGAAAGCUUUGGCACUGUCAGGUCCCAAGAGUCUAAUGUUUUGUGUGUUGCUUUCAGCUGCAGUAGGAUUUAGAGUUCUGUAGAAGGCAGUUGGGGCAGGUCACCCUUACAACCAUGGUCUGGACAAGGUGGACUGGAAUCCAAGGAAUGAAAGGAGCACCUGUACCCACAGAAGGUAUCUGGGUACUAUAGUGGGACUCUUGGACCUGCCAGUGAUAGAAAAGAUGGCACAGAAGCUUAUUGAUAUUUUAAAGCUUAGGCCUUUUGCUUGGCAGUCUCUCAACUACUCUAACCUUAUCCCAGCUAAUCCUGGCACUAUGACCUGCCGCGUGGCCAGGUCUGCCUCUCUGUUCUGCUCUGCUGCCAUCUGUCCAUGCCCAUGUCCACUGGCGAAUCUCCACCUCUGAGUUCUUCCCCAAGAGUGUUUAGCCCAAGGCUACAAUGGCUAUAGGACCUGCUAGAUGUGGUCACUAAAGAAUUAGCCAUUGUUCCUGCCCCUAACAACAGCAGCAACAUGGUAAAGGCCCCCAUUUACCCUACACCCUGCUCAUGUCCCAGGCUCUACGCCCAGCUCUUAUGUAUUACCUCAUUUAAUCGUCAUGUUGACCUUGUGACAGAAACACUAUUAUGAACUCAACUUACAGCUAGCUUGUAAGAUGGCAGCUGGAAGGCUCAGAGGGGACAUUGAUCCUUGAACCCCAGACCCGGAUGCUCUUUAUCUCAGGGAACUUAAGCUGACUUGGUAUCUGUCUGGAGCCAGGACCACAUUUGAAGUGAGAUUUUUACACCAAAACAUUCCUGCCCAAUAAGUCAUCUGCUCUAGUCAUUAGCGGCCUAUAAUUAACACAGCCUCGGAGAUGACAUAACCAUGUGACUAUAGCCAUUGUGCAUGUGCCCAAAGUCAGAACCCUUAGGCGGGGUGUGAUGGGGUAGGGGAUUUGCACCUGUAACUCCGGCCCUUAGGAAGUCCGUUGAUUUGACAGGCAUUGGUUAUUUUUUAAAGGAGUUAAAAACCUAGUGCCAUGUUCAAGGGGUAGGGUUAGGAAGAUACAGAGGGUGCAUUCGGCUACCUGGGAAUCAUGUAUGCAAUAUGGGACAAUGAACUUUCAUAUUAUUUUUGUUGUUGUUGUUGUUGUUCGUUUGGUUGUUUUUUGGUUUUGUUUUGUUGGUAUUUUAAGACAGCUUCUCUCUACAUAACCCUGGUUGUCCUGAAAUUCAUGAUGUGCACCAAGCUGCCUGUCAGGGGUGCUGGGAUUAAAAGCAAGGGAACCCACAACUGGCUUCCUAUUAUACUUUCAUGUGACUGAAUAAAAUACUUACUUUGUAUCCACUAUGCCAGAGCAUUGGGAUGAGUUUUGGUGGCACUACAUAAUAAAGACCCUGUUUUAAGAAUCA